GAAGGGCGCCAUCGAAACAACGUCAAUCGAAAACUUAACAUUGUGGAACUAUUCAGUUAUCCUGUAGUUGGGGAGUAUCGAAAAUAUAGCGGAUGGUUUGAGUCACGUGUUCGAAGGAAAGUUCGGAGUUAGUGAUGUUGAAACGAAAAGAGUUUCAGUAAGAUUGUGUUCGCAAAAAUAAAGAAGAACCUGGACGUGGACUGGGAAUGCUGGUCACGAGUACGUACCAUUUUUAGUUAAAAAAAAAAUAAGAAAAAGAUGAAAUUUAUGUUCGACCGCGAAAAAACCAUAGGGAAGGUGCCUUUGGUACGGUAUACAAAGGGAAGUUAUGGUAUAGUUCUAGUAUGAUAUUAAAAGGGUUCGGAGGUCGUAAAGUGGCAGUAAAAAGAGUUGAAAUACAUCGUGUCAACAAAAUAGAAGAAGAAGCGAUGCUUAAGUUAAAUCAUCCAAACAUCGUCAGACUUUUUCACUGUGAAAAGGACAACGACUUUAUGUACUACGUAUUGGAAUUAUGUGACGCUUCUUUAAAUCAACUUUUCCUGAAGUCGGAUGAUCCCCAAAAAUACAACGGACCUUCGCCAUGUCAAAUCGAAGUUUUCCGUCAAUUAGCUACGGGCCUGGCAUACAUCCAUUCAAAGAAAUUAAUUCAUAGAGACAUUAAACCGCACAACAUCCUCAUUAUGCGAAGGCCUGGAAAACAUCAAGAGAUAAUAAUCAAAUGGGCUGAUUUUGGACUGGCCAAAUCCGUAAACGAAAAGGGAUAUCAUUCGUGGUCUGGCGUGAGAGGAACCAGAAAUUGGUGGGCACCCGAAGUGCUGAAAAAACUCAUCAACGAAAAUAAUGCGGAAACGAAACAAUUUUGGGGAACCGUCAAGAGCGAUGUGUUUGUCCUUGGCCUCGUCUUCGGUUUUAUUUUUUUAAAGGGAGAACAUCUGUUCGGUUCAGAUGAAACUGAAAUUCCCAUGAACAUAAUUAGAAAUGAUCCGGCGAAUAUGAAAAAUAUUGAUGGCGAAUUGCGCAAAUACUAUGAGGAUGACUUACUUAAAAAAAUGUUGGAAAACGAUCCGGAAAAAAGAAUGAAAUCGGCAGAAAUCGUCAAACAACUGGAAUGCAUUAAGAAUAAAUUGACUAAAAAAGAAGAAGAAUUUCGUGAACUUUGUGCCCGUGACUCGUCGCCUGAUCUAGUUGGAAGAAUCAAACACUUUAUUCGCCUUGGAAUCGAUGUGAAUGCAAAGGACAAAAAGGGAUGGAAUGCGCUCCAUUAUUUGUGUAAAUCAAAUUCAAGCCCAAAUUUAAUUGACUCCAUUCAGCUAUUAAUCCAACUGAGAAUCGAUGUGAAUGCAAAGGACGAUGCACGAAUUUAUUUACGCGAUAAUGAUAAGAUUAGCAACAAAAACGAAAUCCUAAAACUGCUUGACGAAGCCAUUCUUGUUUGAACCAUAAUUCGUUUCUAAGCGAUGCAAUGCACUUUGACAAGGGAAAACUAAAAUAGGGCGACUGUCAUUCAUUCUGUAUUCGUUUAUCUUUUACCGCUACAAAAUUCAAAUUUCCCGCUUUCGUGGCUGUUUUACACAUGCUGAAUAACUUCACUUUUAAAAUACAAGUAUGACUGCAUCGCC